AUGGUCGAUGAUAAACGAUAUAACCGAUUUUAUUGUUUGUAUGGAAACGUAACAAAAAAGGGAAUUUACUUUAUCGAUACGUUUCAGUUUGUAAAAAUAAUAAAAAGCAAAACUAAUUUGAGAAUAAAUUUUCUGAAUGUUAUGAAAAUAUACAAAAUAGGAUCAGUAUUUUAUAUUGCAAAGUUAACGGACGUGGCAGUUGUCAUGUACUCUUCCAUACGUGAAACUGUUUCUUUCGUUAAAUAUAAGAAAUUAAAUUUACAUAAAACAAACAGGAAAGCAAGAAUAUGCAGAACAUAUUUUUAGAAUGCAAAGAGAAAUUUGUAUAAGGUAAAUAGGAAAAUUAAAGUAAUAAACAAAAAAUUAUACAAUUAUUUAUUUUCGUAUAUAUUCUUUCGCGUACGUACGACUAAAUGCAUAAUUUCCUAAAAAUACAAGAGAAACGUACAUGCUUGAAAAUAAUGUAGUCUUGUGUCGAAUAGUAGAAUAAAAGAUUUAAUAAAAGCUUCGACGAUCGUAAAAUAAUGCAAAAAUAUUGAUUUCGGAGGAAAAUUCAAUAGGAGAUCGAAGGAAGAAAUAAAAAAACACGCGACUGUUUUGUAAUAAAUUCAUCUUAUUACAAACGAAGACUAAUUAAUUUAGAUGCAAGUUACCCUGGGCAUAGGGGGUAUACACCGAGGAAUGAUGCUCGAAAUACUUUAUCUGGGCAAUGGGCAUAGUGCCCGUAAGAGAGUUCUGUCUAGACGAUGCAUGCGUAUUAUACGAGACUUCGACGAGUUAGUUCGCGUCCAUUGUGCGCCUUUCUAUUGUCAAACCGAUCACACGUUAUUUACGUGAUAUCGUUUGAAAUAGAAUCGGAUAAUUGUUUUUCUUCUUAACAAUAAUGAAUUUAUAUACAUCGUAAAUAUUGUUUAGUGGUUUAUUACUCUUAUAUUAUCAAGAUUUAGUGUAAUAUUACAAGCGACAGUGGACGAGUUUCGAAGAACCUGCGAUGGGCCGCAGAAAACAUCGCAGCAAAGGAAGCAAGUUACCACCGUUGAGAUCGUCGAAAUGUAACGUCGCUUGUGAGAAAUCAACGACUUGCGAUGAAGCGAAAGCGAAGGAAGAGAGAGAAAGAAGAGGAACAACAGAGAAAACCAUAAGACCCGAUGUUAAGCAUUACCAGAAAGAAAGGACAGACUGUUUUCACCAAACGAAUGAUCCAAUCGGUGUAGGUUCUCGAUUAAUGUAUCCUUUGGUUCAGCCGUUUUUGUUAAUCAGCUCGUCGAUAUUAUCAGAGGAGGAUGAGAGCGUAGAGGACGAAUGCAUCGAACUAAAGGUAAAACCACGGUUCGUAUUCGUGUCUAGCCUUUGUAUGGUUUGCUCGAAGAAGUCUCAGUUGUACUGUGAGCGUUGCCAAAUGGUGUCUUAUUGCUCGAUAAUGCAUCAAACGCAGGCACUGUCGCAGCAUCGUGACUUGUGCGAAGCACUGACAGAGAUUCAUUCGUCCAUCGUCUUGACACUCUCCGAUGGUUCGGGCGUGAAAUUGGACGCGGACCAGUACCGUAUUUAUCGGCUAAAAUUGCUGGCGAUAUUCGAGUCCGAGGUCAAAAGAUCGUUGGAUCUUUGGGAAAAAGAAAUUAUUUUAUAUCCUAGAGUUUGUCGAGUUUGUCGUCGCUUUAGCGAAAAACUGAUCUGCUGCACGCACUGCGGGAUGGAAUUCUUUUGCGAGGAACAUGGCGACGAACAUAAAAAUUGGUGCGAAGAGUUUCGAGUUUAUCAAAGAAUUCUGCACCUUCAACGCAAACACGGAUACGUUAAUCCGAAAAUUCCGAACGCGCAUUUGGAAAUGUUCGUCGCGCAGCCAGAAUUCGAUUUCGAUAAACUAAUGCACCGAAUUUACGGGAAUUCUUCAUAUUAUCGUCAAAUGGAUUGUUAUACGUACGCUCUAUUAUCGCAUCUGUGCACGAUUCCACUGACAGCCCUUUAUUCCAUGCAGAUUUCUUGCCCCGAGUGGCAAAAUAGAACCGAUUGGACUAUUCAUAUACUUGGAGCGGAAUUCCAAUUCGAAGGUAUACACUUAGACGUCUGGGAGAAACUGUUUCUUCAUUUCUUACCGAACUUACAGAAGCUCCAUUUGAUUUUAAUCGGACCAGAGUUACAGUUACCGAAAGACGUCCCUCCUAGAUUUUUAUCCAUGGUUCAAGUUUGUAAAAAAUGUAAAUCCGCUGGCCGAGCCGUCGUCGUUACGUUCAAACCGGGCAAGCUUUAUCACUGCUUGGUUCGCGACCCAUCGCAAACUCUUGCUACUCCCGAUUUGAUUUGUCUCUAUAAUCCUGGUCUUUAUCGGACCACUGGGUUUGCAGGAAAAGACACAUGGCUCGAAACGAUACGCGAGUUUACCAAGACGUUGGCUCCAACCACCAUCACGUCUUACACUGCGCAAGAAAUGCUUUGGGAAAUAAAUCGAAUAAAUUCCGUCGCCGACGUCGAGGUUCUUUUACAACCGUGCAAGAAUCCAUUUGCGUCGGUCAAACCAGACCGAAACUUCGUUAGCGAUAAUACUAAUCCUCUUAUCUAUAAGAAUUACUACAUUACCAUUGUCAAAGGCAAAUCGAUUGUACUCUAGUCCUCUGUAUUACGCACACGGAUGUAAUAUACACGCGCGGCUGUAUACGCUCUUAUCUUUAGAUUUAUUAUCUAUCAAAGGGUAUGCUUUUACAGCUUGGAAACUCGUCAAGUAUACGUGAAUUUGAGGAAUUCCCAACUAGCUAGGAGCAGGCGAUUGGUAGGACAUUAUUUUUCGUUCGAAAGUAGGUAGAAAACGUAGAGUGAAAUACUUUCCGCUUUGAAGAAAAUAAAGUUGGAACUUGUAUAAUCCAGAAUUAGUCUGACGAUGACAAAAUCGGCUCCAGCGUCUUUAUGCAUACUUACAUGUACAUUUUUUUACCGUUUUAAUAAAUCAUCCUCGCGAGACGCU